CCCGCCCCGAGUCCCGGCCGAAGGAGCCCCCCUGCCGCCUGGCGUCUUGGGCCGGGCGACAGAAGAGCGCAGGCCGGGCAGCCGGCCCUUCCCCUUCGCUGCCGCCCGAAGGUUCCCCGAGGAGACGCCGACCGGGGCUCCCACGGCGGCUUUCCUGCCCCGGCCCUCCGCGCGCCUCCGUUCGGGCCCUGGCUGGCGCUGGUUCCUUACCGGACAGAGCGUGGGCGCUCCCCGCCUGCCUUGCCUCGGGCCCUCGGAGGCACAGAGGCCUGGGCCUCGCGGGGGUCACGCCGGACUGCCAUAGGGCCCGGCUUGGAGCCAGAGGCGAGGCCCAUCGCGAAGCGGGCGGCCUCGUGCGCCGCAAUCGCCCAGGGCAUCGACUCGGAGACGCUGGGAACGUGCAAGGACUUGUCUGUUGGAAGCGGGUUUAGGCUUCUCUUCAGGGGGCAGAGCAGGCAGGCUACGACGAUGGCAGUGAUGAAGACCUGGCAGAGGAGCUGAUGGACGGAGGGGAUGAGCCCCGGGCUUGGACCCUGCAGGAAAAGACUCUGCACGAAGCACGGCUGAAGGCAAAGGCAAAGCGGCGACUGCGGCGCACAUCCUCUCGCGAUUCCAACCGCGAAUCCCUCUCGGAAGCAGGGGAGCCGAACCCCGACCCCAGCAGCCCCAAGGGGAAAAGCCAUGACCGCAAAUCCCGCAUGGGCAAGGGCCGCGGACUGCCCAAAAAAGGUGGCGCAGGAGGCAAAGGCGUCUGGGGAGCACCUGGCGUGGUCUAUAGCUACCAGGAGCCCGAUGCCCGGGAUCCCAACUAUGACGAGGCAGUGCAGGGGGACACUGUCUAUGCCACUGUGGUGCCUGAGCUGGAGGAAGAGGAGCUGGAGAAGAAGGUGCAGCCGAUGGUGAUGGAGUACUUUGAGCAUGGGGACACUCUGGAAGUUGUGGAGCUGCUUCGGGAAUUGAACUUGGGUGGGCACAAAGCAGCCGUGCCCUCCCUGGCCGUGGCACUGUCCCUGGAAGGCAAGGCCAGCCAUCGGGAGCUGACGUCACGCCUGCUCUCUGACCUCGUGGGAAAGGUGAUGGGCCCCGAAGACAUCGCGGCUGCUUUCGACCGGAUGCUGAGUGACCUCCCUGACCUUAUCCUUGACACACCGGAGGCACCGCAGAUGCUGGGCCAGUUCAUCGCACGGGCUGUGGCUGACCACGCGCUGCCCCUUGACUUCCUCGAGCGCUACAAGAGGCGUGUCGACUGUGAGCAUGCUCGGACUGCCCUGGAUCGUGCUGCGGUCCUGCUGCGCAUCAAGCGAGAUGUCAACCGACUGGACAAUGUGUGGGGAGUGGGCGGUGGCCAGAGACCUGUCAAGCAUCUUAUCAAGGAGGUGAAAUGCAGGAUGAACCUCUUGCUCCGUGAGUACUUGCUUUCAGGGGAAGUGUCCGAGGCUGAGCACUGCCUGCGCCAGCUGGAGGUGCCACAUUUCCACCACGAGCUUGUCUACGAGGCUGUGGUGAUGGUGCUGGAGUCCUCAGGAGACACAGCAGUUGCCAUGAUGGUUAAGCUGCUGAAGGUGCUGUGGCAGACUGGCCUGGUGACGCUGGACCAGAUGAACCGGGGCUUCCAGCGGGUGUAUGAUGAGCUUGGAGACAUCAGCCUGGACGUGCCGCUGGCCCACUGCAUCCUGGAGCGACUGGUGGACCUCUGCUUUGAGGAGGGCGUCAUCACCAAGCAGCUGAGAGACAUCUGUCCUGCCCGGGGCCGGAAGCGCUUUGUCAGUGAGGGAGACGGUGGCCAAAUUAAGCACUAGCUGGAUGCUUUCAGCCCUGACCUCUGCCCCCAGCCCACCACGGAUGCCUCCAGCCCAGCCAGGCCUGUCCAUCUCAAAGAAGAGGCCAGGCGAAUAUGUUGAACACACCCCAAACCAGUGUACCGAGCAGACAGGGCCUGUCUGUCCCUGAAGGGAGCUGGGCUAAUCUUUUUUGUCAGACUGGGGAAGUGGGACAGGAGGGGGGUGCAGGAGGGGGGUUUGUUCUCAUGGUGGGCAACCCCAUCUGGAUCUUACUCCCUCUCUGCAGCCUUACUACCUGUUGCUCCACACACACACAUCUCAGGAAGCAAACGGUCUGGGCCCCAGACCAGUUAGGAUUGCAGCAGAUUUGGAUUGUUCCUGGCCCUACAGGGUUCCAAAGGGCUCAGACUUCUUUCAGCAGGUCCAACCCCUUGCUGUGUCCAGGAAUUUCCCCCCCUCCAAACCUGUCUGGUUUCAGCACUGGAGGGUAUUAAGCAAUAUUUAAUGUGCUUAAAUUAAUACUUCAGUAUGCUGACACCCCCUUCCGUCGUACAGAGGGUUCUAAGGGGUGGGGGUGGGGCUAGGAGGAGCAAGUUCCCGUGUUCAGACCUGCCCUUCCCCACUAACUGCUACUCUCUCCUUCCACCUGCCUGCCAUUGGGAGCAAAUGGACUUGAAAACCAUCUUGCCAACUGCUGGCUGCUGCAAGACAUUUUGGGGAAGGGAGGGGAUCCUAAAUCUUAGCUGAGGGGAGAGAAAACAGUCGCUGGGGUGAUUUGUGAGGGAAUUAGGCUGUGGUAUGUACUUGCUCUUUUAGGGUGAGACUGGGAGUAUCUCAGGGUUUUGGAAAUUAGCUCUCUGGGCAAAUCUAAUUGGUUUUAGCUAAAGCAGGUGGGUGGGGGAGGUGGGGAAAGCAGGAUCUUGUAAGCAAGGCUGGGAGAUCAGGAAGGAGAGUCCUGCUUAAAUAGCUGAUGUCCUUGCAGGCAAAGGUUGGGGGAAUGGGUGACUGCUGGAAAAUCUUAAAAUAAAGAUGUAUCCAAAGGA